AUGCUCUUGCCUCAAACGUCCCUGGGUUUGAUAUCGUUCGUCAAGGAUGGGAGUCAACUUCCCGAUCCUAACGUUCUGUCAUUGGCAGUCUCCCUCCUGUCCCACCCGACAACCUCGUACCCACUCGUAGGCACCCCAACCCAGUGGGGGGCCAUGUCUCCCGUCCCUAGUGUAGAACCUCAUACACUUGGCAUCCUUGACACCACUAAAAUUGACCCCCCCGGUUCAAAGGUCCGGAUGGUCCUGCGUGCGUCAGAGGAGUCAUUUAUCGGCCUGGACUCGAGCCAAAAUCACCCUCUUACCAAUGUUUCCCUCCACAUAGCUCUCCACCUGCUACCGCGUCUUCGCUCUUUCCUCUGCCCCUUAAUUCUCGAGGCAUUGGGCUGUCCCACCGCAACUGCCAGUCGACUCGCCGACCACAAGCUCUGCUCGAAGGGUCUCUGGCGACAAUCCCCGCCUCUCGACCGGCCAUCAUCAAUUCCACUCCUCUUGUCUCUCGCUGUAUUAUUUUUCUCGAAUCGGCCGAACGCUCCCUUGGGUUAUCGGAGCAUCAAGCCACCGAAAGCCCCUCCUAUCCCUUCGUUUGACGCUCAGCGGUUUGGGCACAAAUACAAUCAAUCGCCCAUCUUCCGGUCGUGCCACAAGCGGCCUACAGCGCCUCGAGGAACCUUGUCACGUCAAGUUCAGCUCGACCAGUACGGAACCCGACGCCACCGAAUCUCCGCAGCUACUACUGAAUACAUCUGGCAUCCGCACCCCGAGAAAUUAUUUCGAAACACUGCUAGCGCAUGGGCGUGUUCGUUUCCCGCUGCCAUCGUUGCCGUUGCGUUCACUCUCCGACCUGCUUCUCCUGAGCGGCGGACAGAAAGUGCAGCUGUCUGGAAGCACAUCCGUCUCACUAAUCCACAUUGGGCUUCCAGCAUGGCACCCAUGACGCCCCGACUGAAGAUACUCUCAGGUUGGUCUCCCCUCUCCCAGCGCUUCUGA